CCACUCCCUUUCCAUUCCAAGCCAAGAAAAACAUCUACUUCCAAAACCCUCCUUUUAAUUACUCCUCUUGCCUUUCCCUUCACCUGAAAAACCUCAUAAACAGAAAAGUGAAAGAGAAAGUGAAACACAUUAGACAAAAAUGAGAACUGUCAGCUCUUUAAACACCGCAUCAACAACAACAAUCAAGCCAAUAUUCCCACCGCCGGCGACGGCACAACGGUCACCGUGGCACUCUCCCAUGCCGUACCUCUUCGGCGGCCUGGCCGCGAUGCUGUGCCUGAUCGCGUUCGCACUCUUGAUCCUCGCAUGCUCCUUCCGAAGGCUCUCCCGCCGGUCUGAAAACGGCGAGAGAGAUCUCGAGGCCGGCGACGACCAGAAACCUGCCGAUUCCGCCAAGGCCUUGCCGGAAUUCGAAGAGAAGUACUUGGUGAUAAUGGCAGGUGAUGUGAAUCCGACGUUUUUGGCCACUCCCGUGUGCAACAAGGCUUGUUCGUUUGGGCAGGAUUCGAAAGUGAAGAGAAAGGAAAUGGAGAGAGAGAAAGCUGAUUUAUUAGAUAACGAGAAGCCAAAACAAGAUAUGGGUCAUGAUGAUCGGAUAGCCACAACAACAGAAGAAGAGGGUACGGAGUCUGAAUCCGAAGAUCGGACCCAAGAAAACCCAGAUAAUAGCAUGGAGCAAAGCCACUGAACGGCGGUUUUCCAAUCAAUUUUGAGAGAGAGAGAGAGAGAGAGAGAGAGAAGUUUUUUUUCUCUCUCUGUUUUUUGUUCCUUAAUUGUUAGUAAUCUUUUGUUGGGUUUUGCUUCUUAUGAUCCGGGAAAUGUGAAUUUUCUGAGAUGAGAUAUGAGAAGAACAAUUUUGCCUUGAUUUACCAACGAAA